AUGCAGACGUUGACCCAACGGGAUAAGUAUAAAGCAAUUUCAUUGAUAAGAGACGAUCCUGAAAAGGUGAACACGUUUUGGGAUUUCCAAGAAGCGGAUAGGGAAGUUGCAGGUUUGAUUACGCUUGCAGAUAACAGAAAGUUAGUCGAGGUCGUACCAGAUGACAUUAAGAAUAUGUGGAACGAAUGGGGACCGCGUGGACUGAUUUUGAUCAGCCUUGCUUCACAGAUCAUCUUAAGUCAACUAGGCCUCGUUCGGAAACACAGUCCAAGAACUCGAAUCCGAAUGGCUCUCUGGUGUGCCUACUUAUUGGCAAACUUCAUCGCAUCAGCAGCUCUUGGUGUUAUUACUCGAAGCGCCUUAGACGUGUGCAACGCCUCUCUUCCCAAUUCACAAGAUCACAAACCAAACACAAAUGAGCUCAUCUCUUUUUGGGCACCGUUUCUCCUAAUUCACCUUGGUGGUCCAGAUACGAUUACGGCCUUCGCAUUGGAAGAUAAUGAACUUUGGUUAAGACACUUUGUCGAGCUACUGUUUCAAUCAGGAGUAGCUCUCUAUAUCCUCUUGUUGUCCUGGCCAGGUUGUUCUGAUCUUCCGCUACUAAGCAUAUUGGUUUAUGUAGUCGGUUUCAUCAAGUGUUUCGAACGUGUUCAAGCUCUACGGUUAGCAAACACUGAGAAUCUCCGAGACUCGAUGCUUGGUCCUGCUGACCCAGGUCCCAAUUAUCCCAAAUUCCUCGAGAGGAUCCACUUGAAAAAGUCUCAGGGGUUCCAUGUGAACGUUGAGGAGGUCCCCGAGCCCCCUCUUCAAGCAAACGAUCAUCAAUAUCCUCGAGGGCGUGGGGAGGUAUCUGCAGCCUACAUUCUAUUCCAAACAUUCAAACGGCUUUUUGUCGACCUCAUCCUCACGUUUGAAGAUCGAGAUAAUAGCCAAUCCUACUUCCUCCAUCUUCAACCAGAUGAAGCGUUCCAUGCGGUUGAGAUUGAACUCGGAUUUGCAUAUGACAUGCUUUACACCAAGGCUACCGUGGUGUAUACAUUUAGUGGGCUCGUGCUUCGCUUUAUUAGCGUCUUUCUCGUUCUUAUGCUACCAGUCAGCUUCUUCUUUAUGUGUGGUAGGGCCAAAUACCAAGUCAUCGACGUUGUCAUUACUUACCUGUUGAUCGGUACAUUGAUUUUCAUGGAAAUUUUUGCAUUUAUUACCAUGCUCCGCUCUGAUUGGACCGAUUAUUGGUUAAGCCAACACGACCACACUCGAACCAUCCUCGUAUUCCCAUUCUUGAAGCGACCAACCAAACAAUGGUGGUCCAGGUCCAUUGCACAGUUAGACCUACUAAGUGUAGCCCUCGAGGAGAAGCCUGCUAGUUUCUUGCAAACCCAGAAAUUCUUUGGGGUAGAUAAGGUUCGAGUAAAGCACCGUUACAAGACAUAUAGCAAAGUUUCGGACAAACUACAAGAUUUAAUUUACAGUCAGUUUCGUGACUCCAUAGAUGGCAACUCCGAUCCCAAAACAUUAUGUACUCAUAAAGGAAGUUUUUCUCUCCGAAAGAACGAGUGUGACGCCCUUUUAUGGAGCAUCAGUAAGGUGGAAUUCGAUCAGAGCAUUCUCAUAUGGAACAUCGCUACGGCUCUUUGCUAUUACUCAGAGAUGGAAGAUACUGAUGAAGUCGAAAUUGAUAUCCACCGUGCGGAAAGCAAACACAUAUCCGACUAUCUGUUGUAUCUUCUCGUAUCACACCCUGUUAUGUUGCCAAUAGGCAUUGGCAUGAUCAGGUAUCGUGACACAUGUGCUGAAGCCAUGCGUUUCUUCAAAGAAAAAGGUCCGAUCACUGGAAAAACCGAGGCGAGUAGAAAGUUGCUUGAAGUUGAUUGUUCUCAAGUGUCACCUAGUAAAGUGAAGGGGGAUCGAUGCAAAUCUGCACUUUUUGAGGGUUGCAUACUCGCGUCAACUUUGAAAAAGAUGGAAAGGGAACGGAUGUGGAAAGUCGUGAGUCAAGUAUGGAUCGAGAUUCUAGCUUACGCAGCUACUCAUUGCCGAGGAUUUCACCAUGAGCAGCAGCUUCGAAAAGGGGGGGAAUUCUUGACUCAUGUAUGGCUUCUGAUGGCACAUUUGGGCAUCACAGAGCAGUUUCAGGUAUCUCAAGGCCAUGCUAGAGCUAGGAUCAUUGUUUCAUAA